AUGUCUGUUUUUCAGGAACUGUUGACAUUCAAGGACGUGUCUGUGGAGUUCUCUGUGGAUGAGUGGGCCUGCCUGGACCCUGCUCAGCAGACUUUGUAUCGGGAUGUCAUGUUGGAGAACUACAGACACCUGGUCUUCCUAGGUCUUACUCCGUCUAAGCCCCACCUCAUCACCUGUCUGGAGCAAAGCAAAGAACCCUGGAAGGUGAAGGCAUACCAGACAGUAGUUAAGCACCCAGCAGUAUCUAACCAUCCUGAGCAAGACCAAUUGCAAGAUCUGGACACAAAUAUUUUAUUCCCAGAGAUAAUCCUGAGGAGAUAUCGAAACUGUGCACCUGACAAUUUAAACUUAACAAAAGACUGUGCAAGUGUGUCUGAGUGUAAGCAGCAGAAAGUAUGUGACAGUGGACUUGACCACUGUUUAAAGGCUGCCCAUACCAAAACCUUCCAAUAUAGUAAAUGUUUGAAAGUCUUCACACAAUUGUCAAAUCUAAGUAGACAUAAGAUGAUAGAUACCGUAGGGAAAACAUUUCACUGUAUAAAGUAUGGGAAAGCCUCUAACCCAUGCUCACAUGUUAGUAAACAUGAGAUAAUUCAUAUCGGAGAAAAACAGUACAAACGUAAAGAAGGUAGCAGAGUCUUCAGAUCUUGCUCAAACCUGUCUAAGCAAAAGAGACAUCCUACUGGAAAAAAACUAUACAAGCAUGAAAAUGAUGGCAAAUGUCUUAGCCGCAGAUCAAAAUAUCGUACACAUAACAGUGUUCAUAGUGGACGAAAACACUACAACUAUGAAGAUUGUGACAAACUUAACAAGCAACACUCACACCUUUCUGGACAUCAAAGAAUUCAUUCUGGAGACAAACCCUGCAAAUGUCAAGAAUGUGUGAAAGGCGUUAACAGUUCUUUAACCCUUUCUGGACAUCAAAGAACUCAUUCUGGAGAGAAACAUUACAAAUGUCAAGAAUGUGGCAAAGCCUUUAAGUGGUACUCAACCCUGUCUAGACAUCAAACAAUUCAUUCUGGAGAGAAACCCUUCAAAUGUCAAGAAUGUGGCAAAGCCUUCAACCGGUACUCAACCCUGUCUAGACAUCAAAAAAUUCAUUCUGGAGAGAAACCCUACAAAUGUCAAGAAUGUGGCAAAGCCUUUACUCUUCGUUCUGACCUUACUAAACAUCAAAGAAUUCAUUCUGGAGAGAAACCCUUCAAAUGUCAAGAAUGUGGCAAAGCCUAUCACCGUAAGUCAGAACUUUCUGUACAUCAAAGAAUUCAUUCUGGAGAGAAUCCCUACAAAUGUCAACAAUGUGGCAAAGCCUUUAGUGUUAGUUCAAGCCUUACUCAACACCAAAGCAUUCAUUCUGGAGAGAAACUCUACAAAUGUCAAGAAUGUGGCAAAGCCUUUCACUGUAAAUCAACCCUGUCUAGACAUCAAAGAAUUCAUUCUGGAGAGAAUCUCUACAAAUGUCAAGAAUGUGGCAAAGCCUUUAUUCUUAGAUCUAGCCUUACUAAACAUGAAAGAAUUCAUUCUGGAGAGAAACCCUUCAAAUGUCAACAAUGUGGCAAAGCCUUUAACCAGUGCGCAAACCUUUCUGUACAUCAAAGAAUUCAUUCUGGACAGAAACCCUACAAAUGUCAACAAUGUGGCAAAGCCUUUAACCAGUACGCACACCUUUAUAGACAUCAAAAACUUCGUUCUGGAGACAAACCCUUCAAAUGCCAAGAAUGUGGCAAAGCCUUUCGCUAUAACUCAGAACUUUCUAUACAUCAAAGAAUUCAUUCUGGAGAGAAACCCUACAAAUACCUUUCUGUACAUCAAAGAAUUCAUUCUGGAGAGAAACCCUACAAAUGUCAACAAUGUGGCAAAGCUUUUAAUCAGUCCUCAACCCUGUCUGAACAUCAAAGAAUUCAUUCUGGAGAGAAACCCUACAAAUGUCAACAAUGUGGCAAAGCCUUUGCUUGUAGUUCUAGCCUUACUAAACAUCAAAGAAUUCAUUCUGGAGACAUACCCUACAAAUGUCAACAAUGCGGCAAAGCCUUUGCUGUUAGUUCUAGGCUUACUAAUCAUCAAAGAAUUCAUUCUGGAGAGAAACCCUACAAAUGUCAACAAUGUGACAAAGCCUUUACUUUUCCUUCUAGCCUUACUAAACAUCAAAGAAUUCAUUCUGGAGAGAAACCCUACAAAUGUCAACAAUGUGGCAAAGCCUUUGCUUGUAGUUCUAGCUUUAUUAAACAUCAAAGAAUUCAUUCUGGAGAGAAACCCUACAAAUGUCAACAAUGUGAAUUCAUAUGA